CAAAUCUCUAGUACAUCAUCAUAUUGUAUAAAUUGAACUUGACUCUCAUAUUUCGACAAGAGGUCACGAUAAGGCCCAGGUAUAUACAUCGGAGUAAAGUAGUUUCGUUCGCUCCAAGCGAAUUUAAUUAUCAUGUUGCAACAAAGCGGGGGGUCUGCACCUAACGAUAGUCCUCAUUUUGAUAGGCAGACGAAUACAUCAAAUGAAAUCAAAGAUGGCCAAGUCAACCAAGAAAGCGAACAGGACGAGGCACCAGUUCAUUCUAUCUUCGGGCCAAGAACCAAAUUAUUCAUUAUUCUAAUAACUGUCUUUGCAACACUAUUUUCACCAUUCUCUUCCUUCAUCUAUCUUCCAGCACUCACACCUAUCGCGCAAUCCUAUAAUCGAUCUCUUGGAGAAAUUAAUCUUACAGUUACUCUUUAUCAAGUCAUGCAAGCUAUUGCCCCUCUCUUCUUCGGUGAUUUAAGUGAUCAGAUAGGACGAAGACCUGUCUACAUGCUUACAUUUGCCAUCUUCAUAGGUGCAAAUAUUGGGCUAGCUCUACAAAAUAGUUAUGCCGCACUUAUGGUUCUUCGAGCACUACAAAGUACAGGUAGUAGUGCAACUGUGGCUAUUGGUAGUGCUGUAGUUGCGGAUGUUACAACUGCUGCUGAUAGAGGCGGCUAUAUCACUGCUGUACAAGCUAGUGUUCAAUUCGCCCCAGCCUUAGCACCCGUUCUAGGUGGAAUAUUAACCCAAUAUCUCGGUUGGAGAUCAACCUUUUGGUUCUUGGUUAUCGCGGCUGGUGUAUUUUUAAUGAUCUAUAUCCCAUUUACCCCUGAAACGGCUCGUAAAAUUGUCGGAAAUGGAUCUAUUCCUCCUCCAAAGAUGAAUAUGUCCUUAUUCUCCGCCUAUAACCUCCGCCAUAGACGAAAAGACUUGGAAUCACAAGGUCAAACAUUACCCGAGCCUAAGAAACUACCAAGACGAAUUCCCAUACCCAACCUUUGGGCCGCUAUUAUCAUUGUAUUCGAAAAGGAUGUUGGUUUACUCAUGUUUUUCAUGUCACUCUUCGUUAUGGCGAAUUACGCUAUCCUAGUCCCUUUACAAGACGUUAUUCGGAGGCGAUAUGAUUUCAACGACUUACAAGUGGGCUUAUGUUACAUCCCCUUUGCAGUUGGUUCCGUGGUAGGGGCCGUUUUUGUUGGCAAGAUUCUCAAUUGGAAUUAUGCUCGCGUUGCGAAGAGUAUCGGCGUUACACCAGAUCGGAAACGAGGAGAUGAUUUACGAAAAUUCCCGAUAGAAAGAGCUCGACUUGACUUGAUGUGGCCAUGGACUGCUUUAGCAGUUGCUAUGAUUAUCACAUGGGGAUGGGUUGUUAAUACGAAAACCACCUUGGCGGCUCCUUUAAUUGUCUUAUUCUUUGCUGGAGUUGGUUUGAGUGGUCCUGUUUCUAUCCUGACCACAAUACUGGUUGAUCUUUAUCCUAUGAACCCCGGACGAGUAUCUUCUACAUUUAACUUAACAAGAGCUACACUGAGUGCUGUAGGAAGUGCUGUCGUACAGUAUAUUAUAGACGCUUGGGGUUAUGGAUUUACUUACCUUUUCAUGGGUCUUCUUGUAUCAGCAGCAAGUAUAUGCGUGUUGAUUGUACGGAAAUGGGGUCCCAAAUGGAGAGAGGAACGAUACCAAAGAUUUGAACGUGCCGGUCCGAAAUAAAGUCAUGUCUGACUUUGACCUGAACGAGGUUCGUCCUUGGCUACCAGAGAUGGUGGAUCUGCGGUGGGAUAUAAGCAUUGGCGCCAUAAGUCGUUGCUACUUAGACCACAGAUAUCUACAGGUGAUAGCUACAAUGUACCUUACAUCAAUAACAUUGCGUUUAAUGAA